AUGGCAGAAAACAAUGCCUUACUUGUUGAUACAAGUGGCAUGAUCACCAUAAAUGAAUGUACUCAGUUACCCCCCAUGGUCAAUUCGAAAGGCCUGUGGAACUACAUUCAUUAUGGUACUAUUCCGUAUACGUUGCCAGUGAUUCAGCUGCAGAUGGUUCUCAUUUUUGCUAUCACCCAAGCCUCCCAUUACGUUCUUAAGCGUUAUGGAGUCCCCAAGUUCACCUCACAACUUUUUGUUGGCAUGAUCCUCAGUCCCUCUCUCCUGGGACGCUUCGAAAUAUUGAAACAUGUCCUAUUUCCCGUUAAAAGUCAAGAAAUAAUUGGUUUGUUGUCUCUUUGGAGUUAUAUACUCUUUAUGUUUCUGAGUGGGGUGAAAAUGGAUAUAGGAAUGAUAAAUAGAACCGGAAGAAAAGCCUUGUAUACUGGUGUUGUAUGCAUAUUGUCGCCUUUACUAAUUGGCUUGUUAGUCCAAGUAAAACUUAAAGGAUAUUAUACGCUAAAUACUGAAGAAGCAGAGAUGCUUCCAUAUAUAACAGCAAUACAUUGUCUAACUCCAUUUCCGGUCGUUGCUUGCCUUCUUGAGGACCUCAAGAUCUUGAAUUCUGAACUGGGUCGAUUAGCACUAUCUGGGGCAUUGGUAAGUGACACCUUAAGCAUGUUUCUUAUCAUCAUUUCUGCCUUGACUAGAAUUAGACAGAAUGAAAGUAGUAUGAUUGCCACUAUAGAUUUAGUAGCAAUCAUCAUGUAUCUUAUCAUCAUUGUAUUUGCAAUUCGACCAUCAAUGUUUUGGGUAAUCAGGCAGACACCGGAAGGCAGGCCUGUCAAAGACACUUACAUUCAUGCCAUUUUAAUAAUGGUCCUUGGCUCUGGGUAUCUUUCUCAUUCGUUUGGUCAGACUUUAGUCGUUGGACCUUUCAUUUUGGGUUUGGCAAUACCAGAUGGGCCGCCUUUAGGAUCAGCCAUUGUCAGCAAGUUCAAUUGCUUCAUUUGGGAUGUGUUGCUGCCAAUCUACGUGACUACCUGUGGGAUGAGGACAGAUCUGAGUUUAAUCAAAUUCGAUGACAGUUUCACCACAAUCAAUGGAAUCCUCAUUGUUUUGACUUUUGUGUCCAAAAUGGUGGCUUCUUUGGUUCCUCCCUUGUACUCCAAAAUGCCCUUAAAUGAUGCUCUCACACUCGCUCUGUUAUUGAGUUCCAAAGGUGUAGUCCAACUCACUUUCUAUACAUUGUUCAAAGAUAACGAGACCAUGGCAGAUGAGUCGUAUGCUUUGUCAAGUCUAAGCAUCUUAUUGACUGCAUUUUUCGUGCCACUCUUGGUGAAGUACAUGUACCAUCCCUCAAGGAAAUAUGCAGGUUACCAGAAAAGAGAUAUUAUGCAUUGCAGACGUAAUGUAGAGCUUAGAGUCCUAGCGUGCAUUCACAGGCAAGAUGACAUUGCGGCUGUAAUAAAGCUACUUGAAGUCGCAUGCCCAUCUAGUGAAAGGCCCCUUGCUGUUUAUGUGCUUCACCUUAUCGAGUUAAUUGGACGAGCUUCUCCUAUUUUUAUUUCCCAUCAAAUGCAAAAAAAGACUGUGUCCAAUAAUAGUUCCUAUUCGGAGAAUAUCAUUCUUGCCUUCAAUCUCUUUAAACGAGACAAUGAGGGCGUUGUAUCAGUAAAUGUCUUCACAUCAAUCUCUCCACCCAAGUUCAUGCACGAGGACAUAUGCAUCCUUGGAUUGGACAAACUCACAUCUUUUAUAGUACUCCCAUUCCACCGAAAAUGGUCGAUUGGUGGUUCUAUUGAAUCAGAGGACAAUACCGUAAGGACCUUAAAUUGCAGUGUGCUUGAACUUGCCCCCUGCUCUGUUGGGAUCCUUGUUGACCGUGGUCAUUUAGGCCGCUCAAUGGUUUCAUCAGAGUCAUCCUAUUCUGUUGCCAUGAUCUUCUUAGGAGGGAAUGACGAUCGAGAGGCAUUGACUUUUGCCAAACGCAUGGCCAAUGACUCGAAUAUCGCCCUAACAGUGGUUCAAUUUGUUGCCACUGGCGGUGACGUUGAUUCCCGUUGGGACAAAUUGCUUGACAAUGAGAUACUUAAGGAUGUUAAACUUAACAAUGUGGGUGAUGAAUAUGUGAUAUUCCUAGAGGAGAUGGUGAAAGAUGGCCCUCAGACAGCCUUAAUAAUUCGGUCUAUGGUGGACGAGUAUGACCUUAUUAUUGUUGGUAGACGGCAUAAAGUAGAGUCUCCACAAACAUCAGGGCUUGCAGAAUGGAGUGAAUUUCCAGAGCUGGGGAUUAUCGGAGACUUGCUCGCCUCAUCAGAUCUUAACAGCAAAACUUCUGUUUUGGUGAUGCAACAACAACAGAUUGACGGUUAA